AUGAACAAAGAUCGGAGAAGAACAAGCAUCCAUGACAUAACCACUGUGACCAACGGAGACACACCGACUCCUCAAGGGCCAAUCACUGGUCAAAUAAAUGCAUCUGUGGCAACUGCAGGGAAGUCUGCCAAACAUUCUCUUCAAUCAGCUGCCGACCCAGCUGGAGUUGGUAUCUUUGGAACUACCAUCGGGCAGCCGGUGGUUGGUGGUCCUCUUAUGCCUGCAGUAGGCACUCCGGUAAAUCUUCCUGUUCCUGCUGGAUCCCAUAUCGGCUAUCCGGUGCGAACCCCAGCGAGCAUCUCAUCGACUACCUAUCAGAUGCCUCCCACAUCAUCUGGUAGCUGA